AUCAUCCACUUUUAAUACAAGUCAUUCCUUUUCAUCAUCAGUUUCAUCAUCUAAAAGUCCUUGAUAUCAGGUCUAAUAGGGCUUGAUCCAAGGCCAAGACGUCUAAGUCUUGUUCAAUAAUUAACUUUAAGGUAUAGCUUUUAUAAAAUAACUAAUUAACUUAGAAUUAAGAAUAGGAAUAUUCGGCUUUGUUGCGCCGUUGGAUAUUUUUAACAAGGUUGGUUAUAAAUUGCGAGUGAUCCUUUUGACUAGUGGCUUACCUAGGUAUGUAGGAUAUCCUGGUAGGUAGACAAGUGUCUAGGCGCAUUGCAUUGGAUCAUUCGUAUAGGUAUUCCUUUUGUACUUUUGAUGUCUUCGCUUAUCCGAGACUUACCUAAGUACGUAGUUAUAAGUGGACCCUCGCAUCUGACGCUUCGGAGUGCGGGGGUGGAGAAGGAGAUAUUAAGCCUCUCCCUCUUUGACCUAGAUGACGCGAUUAGUGUUGUGGCUAAGUCUGUGGCUAAGUGUGGCUUUAUAAAUGACAUCCAGGCCAAUUCGACAAUAUCCAUGGCAACUAAACUUCAAACCCUAUUAUAUUUAACCUGAUUUAAACCCGUAUGGUUUCAACUUGGCCUGAUUUGACUUUUCGAUAUCGCAGAUCAUGGGGAACAUCGUUAGCCAAUUCUUCUUCAUUCCGGCCCCGGUUCUCACGGAGAAGAACUGUCCUGAUCAAACCGGACGAGUCUUCAUCGUUACAGGUGGUUACGUCGGCGUUGGUUACGAACUGUGCAAGAUCCUCUAUGCCCACAACGCCACCGUGUGGGUUGCAGGCCGUUCCGCAUCAAAGGCCGAGAAGGCCAUUUCGAAUAUCAGGGAUGCUUCGCCCUCCAGCAACGGUCGCGUAGAAUUUCUUUAUCUUGAUCUGUCUGAUCUUAAAACCAUCAAACCCGCCGUCGAAUCAUUCACUGCUCAACAACAGCGUCUUGAUGUUCUUGUGAACAAUGCCGGUGUCAUGUUUCCCCCGAAGGGUAGCGUUGACGCGCAAGGACAUGAAAUGCAAGUAGGCACCAACUGUUUGGGCCCGUUCCUGCUUUAUCAGCUUCUCCUUCCUCUCCUUACCAAGACCGCCUCCACAUCUCCGACGGCCUCCGUGCGCGUCACGUGGGCCGGCUCCGUCGCCGUGCACGUUACCUCACCGCAGCCACAAGGGAUUGUUAUCAAUGAUGAUGGUUCACCCACGGACCAAGGAGUGCAACCCAAUUACGCUCAAACCAAAGUUGGUAACGUCUUUUUCGCGCGGGAGUUCUCCAAGACGACAUCCCAGACCGGUAUUGUACACGCGGCUUUCAACCCGGGGAACUUGCGCACGGAGCUGCAACGGCAUUGGACAGGUCCAGGCCAAUGGGUCAUUGACAAAUUAUUGCUAUACCCAGCUAUCUAUGGGGCGUAUACGGAACUUUGGGCAGCACUCGCUCCUGAGUUGACACCAGACAAGAGCGGUGCCUAUGUUUAUCCUUGGGGAAGAUUUGGUAGUCUUCCGGCAGGCGUCGAGACUUCGAUAAAAGGAGAAUCUGAAGGCGGAACGGGAGUCGCAGCUAAAUUCGUAGAAUGGUGUCGUAAGGAGACGGAGGCUUUCGCGUAAAAUUGACAGAAUGAGUGUGUAGGGAUUAGUUGGCGUUGAUUUAUAAUCUACUUGACUUAAAAAUAUACCUACCAGGUACCAACUAUAUAUGAAGCGAGGGUAUUAAAAUCAGUCACAUCUCUUAA